AUGUCGACUUGUGAUAAGUUUGAUGUUGUUGAUGCGCUGUCGUUGGUUACCAGUGGCAAUGAUUCAGAGUUGUCUGAGUUGAGUUCAGAUGAGGAUGAUGUUGAUGAGACGUACCAACCAGAAGAGCGAGGAUGUGUCUUAGAGGACGAGAGCAGUGGUGAAGAAGAGGAGAGUGAUGGCAGCAAUGAGGAAGGUGACGCCUGUGGAGAGCAACGGCAUGUGUUUCGUUGGAGGAAAACGGACAUUCCCUUUCAAAACGUGAACUUUGAAUGGGAAAAGGAAGAUCGAGUCGAGGAGUUGUCAGCAUUGGACUAUUUCAAACUAUUUUGGACAGAAGAGCUUACAAACUUAGUUGUCGAGCAAACAAAUAACUACAGCGUUCAGAAAAGUGGAGUUAGUGUCUUAACACGACACCGAGUUAACACUACACCGAGUGAAAUUGAGCAAUUCAUUGGAAUGCAGAUGAAAAUGGGAGUUGUUAACCUGCCAUCAUAUACCCACUAUUAGUCAAAUGAGUUGCGGUACCCAUCAAUAGCAGACAUAAUGCCAAGAAAAAGGUAUGAAAAGCUGCGACGAUUCUUACAUUUCGUUGACAACAUGACCUAUGAUGAGCAUACUGCGGACAAGUUGUUCAAAGUUCGGUGUAUCGUUGAGAAGGUUGCAGCAAAUUGUAGAAAGGUCCAACCAGAGGAGAACCAUUCUGUAGACGAACAGAUAAUUCCUUCCAAAACAAA